AUGUCUUCUGAAAACCUUAAUUUUGGUUCAUAUUUCACUUUGGCUCAAUGUUCUCGUGCGAUUACUCCCAAAGUUUGUCUCCAUUUAACACUAGGUAAGUGCCCCUGUAAUUCAACAACAGUUGAUGAGACACAACUAUUUGAUUCUUCAACCAGAAAGAGGAAACUUGUGCAACAAGCAAUCAAUGAUGGAAAAAAGAAGAUAAACAAUGAUGAAAAGAGAAAGUUGGGUUACUCACUUGAUGAUUCUUGGGAGAUCAAGAAAGUGUUGGAAGAGAGUGAUCUUGGCAACAAUUGUAGACUCUUGUUGAAUAAAAAAUUGGUUGAGGAUUUUAUGUUGCCUCAUUUGGGUUCCAAUGCUGAGAAAGAAAUUGAAGUUGGAAUAUUUGAUGUUGAUACUGGCUCUUUGCAUACUCUCAAACUCAUAAAAUAUCUUUCUUCACAAAGUUAUAUUUUUAAGAGUGGUUGGAUCAAAAAAUUUGUACUUAGAAGAGAUUUAAAAAAAGGAGAUGAGAUUGGUCUUCAUUGGGAUGAAUACAAAAAACACUUUAAUUUCACAGUUGUCUAUGGAGAUAGACACUAA